UCCAGAGCCGCUGCACCAUGAGCGUGUCUGCGCUGAGCCCCACCCGGCUCCCAGGCAGCCUCUCCGGGCUCCUCCAAGCAGCGGCCCUGCUGGGCCUGCUCCUGCUGCUGCUCAAGGCAGCUCAGCUCUACCGGCGCCGCCAGUGGCUGCUCAGAGCCCUCCAGCAGUUCCCGUGCCCGCCCUCCCACUGGCUCCUGGGGCACAGCGGAGAGUUCCAGAAUGACCAGGAGCUAGAACGGAUUCAGAAAUGGGUAGAGAAAUUCCCUAGUGCCUGUUCACUGUGGCUGUCAGGGAACGAAGGUCGCCUCCUCCUCUAUGACCCCGACUACCUCAAAGUGAUUCUGGGACGAUCAGAUCCAAAGUCUCCUCGUAACUACAAAUUAAUGACUCCUUGGAUUGGGUACGGUCUGCUCCUGCUGGACGGGCAGACGUGGUUCCAGCAUCGGCGCAUGCUCACCCCAGCCUUCCACUACGACAUCCUGAAGCCCUAUGUGGGGCUCAUGGUGGACUCCGUCCAAAUCAUGCUGGACAGAUGGGAACAGCUGAUCAGCCAGGAUUCCUCGCUGGAGAUCUUCCAACACGUCUCCCUGAUGACCCUGGACACCAUCAUGAAGUGCGCCUUCAGCUACCAGGGCAGCGUCCAGCUGGACAGGAAUUCCCAGUCCUACAUCCAGGCCAUCAAUGACCUGAACAACUUGGUGUUUUCCCGAGCGAGGAACGUCUUUCACCAGAGCGACUUCCUCUACAGACUGAGCCCUGUAGGCCGCUUGUUCCACCGUGCCUGCCAGCUCGCCCACGAGCACACAGAUCGAGUGAUCAAGCAGAGGAAGGCUCAGCUACAGCAGGAGGGGGAGCUGGAGAAGGUCAGCAGGAAGAGGCGCUUGGAUUUCCUGGACGUCCUCCUCUUUGCCAAGAUGGAGAACGGGAGCAGCCUGUCCGACCAGGACCUCCGCGCCGAGGUGGACACGUUCAUGUUCGAGGGCCAUGACACCACGGCCAGCGGCAUCUCCUGGAUCUUCUAUGCUCUGGCCACGCACCCCGAGCAUCAGCACCGGUGCCGCGAGGAGAUUCAGGGCCUUCUGGGGGACGGAGCCUCCAUCACCUGGGAGCACCUGGACCAGAUGCCCUACACCACCAUGUGCAUCAAGGAGGCGCUGAGACUCUACCCACCGGUGCCAAGUAUUACAAGACAGCUCAGCACGCCUGUCACCUUCCCUGAUGGACGAUCCCUACCCAAGGGUAUCAUUCUCCUACUCUCCAUUUAUGGCCUUCACUACAACCCGAAGGUGUGGCAAAACCCGGAGGUGUUCGACCCUUCCCGGUUUGCACCAGAUUCUGCUCACCACAGCCACGCUUUCCUGCCCUUCUCAGGAGGAUCGAGGAACUGCAUCGGGAAACAAUUUGCCAUGAGGGAGCUAAAGGUGGCCGUGGCUCUGACCCUGCUGCGCUUUGAGCUGCUGCCGGAUCCCACCAGAGUCCCCAUCCCCAUCGCACGGAUUGUGCUGAAGUCCAAGAAUGGGAUUCACCUGCGUCUCAGGAAGCUCCACUAA